AUGCACGCCGCUCGUCCGAGCGCUCGACACCGGCAAGAGUGCAAUCAAGAGAGUAUCAAAGUCUUUACUGUAGCGCGAAAUUUGGAAAAGCCCGCGAAGAAUUUGGCGCUUAAAUUCCUCCCUGGGUCGAGCGAGGGAAAGGGCUUUGCUCUUCUUGGGCUAGAUCUAGAUAGAGAGGAAGCGAUGGUGGCGACGCUCAAGCCAGCGCGAUUCUAUGGAGACGCAAUGCCGCGGCCUCACAUCUACUAUGGUACGUAUCUCAACACGGAGCGCGUAGAUCCUCCUCCGCCGGUGAACGAGGCGCUACUCCAGUGGGCCAAGGACGCACACUGGUCCAUGGGCGGCCUCUCUUCCAAGCGCACGAGAAUGCAGGGCAAGAUCGAGGGCCGGAUUAGCAAGCUUCGAUCUGAGGAGGACGAGGGGGCCAAAUUGCCGGCGCCCAGCUCCAGCAACGAGAAGAAAAAGAGGAAGGGAGUAGUCGAUGAUGGUGGUCGAGAAGAAGAAGUUCCUUUGCCAAGUCCCGCCAAUGAUGCUCGAGGAAGUGGUCGAAAGUCGAGAAGGAAGCUCAGGAAGAAGAGUCAAGUCGCUGCCGCCGACGAGGAGGCUGGUGUCCCGGAUCCUCCGAGCUCUAGCCCCGAGAACGAGAGUGGCGAAGGCGAUCUUCGUGCAAAUCCUUCUUCCAGCAGUCCAAAGAAUGGUGAGAGCUCGUCGCCACCACCCAGACGGAGUUCUCGGAUUAGCUCCCGCCGCAACACUACGUAAUGUUCACAAGCACGCUCAAGUCGUUAGUUUUCAAAGAUGAAAUGGACAAUCUACCAGUGUAGUCGAUUGUUGUAACAUUCCAGAUCUUUCCUCUGUAGUCGAUCGUGUUCUCCUGUGAGAAUAAUGGAGUUAGACCGAGAACGAUAAACUCA